AUGGCAACAUCAACUACCACGACAGUGGCUUCGCACACAGGAGGACGUCCGUCCUUGCCUACACUGCUUUGUUUCUCGGCUCUUACGCUUAGCAUCUUCCUCGCCGCGCUCGACACCGUCCUGAUCCCCACAGCGUUGCCCUCGAUAUCCCACGACUUUCACAUCCCAGACUCACUAUACGCAUGGACCGGGUCAGCGUAUCUUCUUGCGAAUGCUGCUAGUAUACCACUGUGGGGAAAACUCAGCGACGUCUUCGGCCGCAAGCCGAUCAUCCUGCUCGCCAACUCCAUCUUCCUGGUAGGCAGCAUUCUAUGCGCAGUGAGCGUCAGCGCGCCCAUGCUUGUUGCUGGCCGAUCGGUACAGGGACUCGGGGGUGGCGGCAUCAAUGUGUUGGUGUAUGUUUGCGUCGCUGAUCUGUUCGCCAUUCGUGAUCGGUCGUUCUACAUGGGCAUAGUUGGAGCCAUGUACGCUGUCGCGUCCGCACUCGGGCCCGUCCUCGGAGGCAUGUUCGCGGAGAAACUGAGCUGGCGCUGGUGCUUCUACGUCAACCUUCCGCUCGUCUCAAUGGCCAUCGUCACACUCUACUUUACUGUGCACCUUCAGGACGCACGCACGCCUUUCCUGCAAGGUAUAACAUCUCUGGACUGGCUUGGCACCGCUACCAUCCUGCUCGCGACAAUUCUACUACUUGUAGGCUUGCAGCUUGGUGGUACGUCAUCGUAUGCUCAGCCCCUAGUUGUUUGUUUCCUCGUUCUUGGAUCCUUGACAUAUGCUCUCUUCCCGUGGACACAGUGGUGGUGCGAGCAGCGUGGCGGCUCGCCCAUCACACCUCUCCGCAUCUUCCGCGACGUCUCCAACCUCUCUGCCCUCGGCGUGUGCGCCUGCGACGCUCUUGUCUUCAACUCGAUCGCGUACUUUCUUCCGCUCUAUUUCCAAGUCGUCCUCUCGGCUCCACCCCAGACAUCGGGCGUGUAUAUGCUCGCCGUCGCUGUUCCGCUGGCCAUUUGCUCCUUUGUCGGCGGCUGGAUCAUUGAGAAGACGGGCCGAUACCUGGAGGUGCUACAGGUCGGGCUUGGACUGAUGACUGUUGGGGUAGGCCUGUUCAUAAGCUUCGGGACCGCACUUCAGCUGGCCAAGGUCAUUGUUUUUCUCGGCAUCAUCGGCAUCGGAUUCGGCCCCAACUUCAACGCGCCGCUUAUUGCGCUUCAGACACGUAUCCACGAGUCGGAUAUGGCGGCCGGCACUUCAGCCUUUGGGUUUGUGCGGAUGGUCGGCGGUGCCAUUGGCGUGGUUGUCGGACAAGUAAUUUUCCAGAUGCUCAUGCGUCCGCACGUCUCGGCGUUCAUUGAUGCUGGCCUGGCGAGCGAGCUCGCAGAAGCACUCGCUGGUGGCGAAGCGAUUUCGCAGGCUGGGGUGGUAGCGUUGUUGCCGGAAGGACAGAGGAAGGUAGUGAGAGGGGGGAUGGCGGCGGCGUUAAGAGGCGUUUGGAUCUUCUACACCGUGGCCAGUGCUUUGGGAUUAUGUAUCUCGUUUGGCAUACAUAGAAGUCGGCUGACGAGGGAUGCGCCCAAGGAGAAAGGGGAGACUAGCAGUACUUCACGGGAAGGGGAGGCGUAG